AUGGAGAAUCUCCUAUUUCUCCUGUUACUAUGUGCAGCACUUUCUUGUGCUUUUCCUGCAGCUAUAAGGCGGAAUAAAGGAGAAGACAUGCAGCUUAUCCAGAAGUACCUAGAAAGUUACUAUGGCUUUAAGAAUCAUGGGGAAUCCUUCAUUUGGAAAAGUGAUAGUCCAAUGACCCAAAAAAUGAAAGAAAUGCAGGAAUUCUUUGGACUGGAGGUGACAGGGAAACUGGAUUCUGGUACUUUGGACCUAGUGCAGAAACGCUGCUGUGGAUUCCCUGAUGUGGCUGGGUUCUCCACUUUUGCAGGAGAGCCAAAAUGGGCAAAGCAAGUUCUGACAUACAGGAUAUUAAACUACACACCAGACUUGCAUCCAGCAGAUGUCAAUGCAGCGAUCAAGAAAGCGUUUAGUGUUUGGAGCAGUGUGACCCCACUGAAAUUCAUCCAAAAGGACAGAGGUGAUGCAGACAUAAUGAUCUCCUUUGCAGCCAGAGGUCACAAUGACUUCAUCCCUUUUGAUGGCCCAGGAGGGUCUGUUGCUCAUGCCUACGCCCCCGGCAAGGACUUUGGUGGAGAUGCUCACUUUGAUGAGGAUGAAACCUGGACCAAAAGUACAGAAGGUACGAACCUGCUUUAUGUUGCUGCCCAUGAGUUUGGCCAUUCACUGGGACUUUUCCAUUCCAAAGACCCCAAUGCUCUCAUGUACCCAGUUUAUAGGAAAUUUGAUCCUUCAGCAUUCCCUCUUCAUCAGGAUGAUAUUAAUGGCAUUCAGUAUCUCUAUGGACCGUCUUCUAAUAUCAACAACAACCAAAGGGAAUCUACUGAGGUAAAAGACCCAACUGAGUCAAAAGAUCCUGCACAGCCGAACACCUGUGGCCCUAAUUUAACUUUUGAUGCUGUCACCACUUUCCGUGGAGAAAUAAUGUUCUUUAAAGACAAGCACUUUUGGCGCAAGCAUCCUGAAGUCAGAAGAGCUGAUUUUAAUUUAAUAUCUUCAUUCUGGCCACGGCUGCCACCUGGUGUUGAUGCUGCAUAUGAAAUUCCUGAAAAAGAUGAAACUGUCAUUUUUAAAG